AUAAACUACUCCACUACCAGCUGAGGAAAGCAGAGGCCCAGGACUGUGCGGGAAUUUGACAAACCAUGUUUGUGUUCAUUCUAUGCAUUGCUGGUGAACUUUUUACUCUGGGAGUAUUUUGCAUGCCAAUGAUGGACCAGGGGCCACUUGUCACCCAUGGCUGGGGCCAGGUGGUCCGGCUCCGGCAUCUGUAUGCAGCCAAGCCAGGACUGCACCUACUGAUCAGUGAGGAUGGACAAAUCCACGGUUCCGCAGAUCAAACUCUUUACAGCCUGCUGGAGAUCCAACCUGUUGGCCCCGGACGUGUUGUGAUCAAAGGAGUGGCAACCACACGCUUCCUCUGCAUGGAGAGCGACGGCAGAUUGUACUCAACUGAAACAUACAGCAGAGCUGACUGCACCUUCAGAGAACAGAUCCAGGCAGACGGCUACAACGUCUACACCUCUGAUGGACAUGGAGCCCUCCUCAGUUUGGGAAACAACCAGCAAAGACACAGCGGCUCAGACCGUGGUGUUCCAGCUCUGGCCCGCUUUCUUCCCAGGUUAAACACCCUUCAGCAGGCCAUCCCCACAGAGCCGGAUGUUCCUGAUCAGCUCAGUCCAGAGAAAGUACAAGAGACUGUGGACAUGGUGGCCUCCUUUGGCAAACUCUCUCAUAUAAUUCACAGUCCCAGCUUCCAUAAGAGAUGAAGCGGCCGGUCCAAAACAGCUGUGAAGGGAUGUGCUCAGGGACACCCAAGCACUACUUCCUGCAUGUUGUAAACUCAUGGACAGACAGGAGUUGCGACUGGUCAGCACAUAGAAACGUUGGUGGCGUGGCUGUCCAGCCGGAGAUGCAGCGAGGCAUGCUGAGUGGAGGCCGACACCUGGAGGGAGUUCAACCCUCCAACCUGCAUUUACACCCACUCAACAAACAUGGGAGGUGUUCUCAGUUUUCCAUCCUUCCAAAAGCUUUUUCCACAUGAAGUAUGUUUGCUCUGAAACAGUGACUAAAGUGCACUGAUAAACCGCUGUGUUAGUGGACGGCUGGCAAAGGAAAAGACUUGCACAACAUUCAUCUGAUAGUUUCAGUGCUAUGUGUGAUAAGUCACCCGCUGAUGUUAGAGAGUCAAUGAUAUAUCUGGUGGUUUUUUUUGAUAAAAUGCUUCUAUUAACUGCACAGAAGGAAAAAAUGCAUCUUUUGGGUUUCUGGUCCUUUCAAAACCAGAAUCAUACCAAGAGUUAGUAAGUUCUCCAGACAAAAGUAUUGUUUUGCAAUACUUGUAUUUAUUUAGUUAUUUAAAUGAUGUUAGUCUUAAAUUUUAGUGUUUACCUCUAUUUGUACUGGAUGUGUGCACA